UCAAAUGCAAGUGGCCGCGAUUUUACACCAAACAUUCAACAAGCAAUAUCAUAAAGAGCAUCAAAACACCGGCAUUAUAAUGUUAACAUUAUUAUUUCGCUGUCUAUAGCGAGAUAAUAUAUUUGUUUUAAUUUUACGACGUUUUAAAAAAAAAAAAAAGAGUCCGUGGAGUAAGAAGCCGCGGCGAGGGUGGCUCUGCCCGGCAAAGAGCGCAGGGCUCCGGUAGGGCUCGCUAGGCCAGGCCGGGGACUCGGCCUACUUCUACGGACUCUCAACACAUUGGAUUUACGAGCUCCCGAGGGCUUCUCCCCCUUUACAAGGAAGCAUUUGUCGAUCUGCAACUGAGUCGCAACAAACCGGACCUCCGAUUGUCGACCACCACCGCUGCCACAAUGGACAUGGCGUCGUCGCCAGCAGCCACAUUCCCCGUCUCCUUACAGCCGCAUUCCCUGGUGGCAAAGCAGCAGCAGCAGCAGCAGCAGGACAGUCCAAACUCCCCUUCGGAUUCAUCCCCUGACCUGGGCGUGAUCCUGGUGGGCGCCGACGGCGUUGGCGGCGAUGGUGGCGGCGGCCUCGUCACGACGCCCGAGGGGCCGUGGGCCCGUCCGGCCGAGCGACGGCCCCUGCCGCGCUUCCUGAGCACGGACUCGGGCGUUGAGUCGCCGUCGUCUGACGCCGAGUCUCCCUCGCAGGCGAGCGCGAUUCUCAAGCCGCGCCGAGCGUCGAUCGCGGUGGUGGAACGCGUGAAGUCACAGGCCGGCGGGAGCGGCUGUCCUUUCCCCGUCGACCCUGCACCAUCGACCGUCGCGGUAACAACCCGAGGAGUAGGAGACGGUGGUGACGGCGAUGGUGGCCUCCGUCCGGCGCUGGCUGCCGGUGCCGGAGGGCGGCUGGACAAGUCGGAGAUGGAACCGAGCGGUUGCCUGGCGGGCGAGGGCGGUGAAAGGGAGCUUGUGGAGAGGGGUCGCGGAACCACGGCGGUGGUGGUGGCGGCAGGGGUCACCUGCUGCCCGCAGGUCAAGCGGCCGUGCAGCCUGGCGAUGGAGCAAAGCGCCGCGCGGCGCCAGACAGCAGGUGAUGGUGGCGGGGAGGCCCACCCCGGGCGCGUGGGGGGGUCGCGCGCGCUGCGCUCGCUGCACCUGGCGCGCUCCGUGCGCGACUCGUGGCGUCCCGACGACGGCGCCGCGCUGCUCGCCUCCCCGACGCUGCUGCGCGCCCCGCGCUCCUCCGAGCCGCCCUCCUCGGUGACCGCCUCGGUGACCUCCUCGGUGACCUCCUCGGACGAUCCCGCAGCUCGCGGGCCGUCGUCUCCACCGCCGGCGCCGUCCGCGACGUCGGCGCUGGCCCCCGCCGGCUACAGCCUCCUGCGCGCGGAACGCGAGGAGGAGCUCGACAGCGAGCUGGUCCUCGACGGCUCCUCGUCAUCCUCCUCCUCUUCGUACGACGGCGAAGACGACCGAGGCUGUCGGGGCUCGGCCCGCCGGUUCGGCGCCGGCGGGCCCUGGGCGCGCAGGCACACGCUGCCGGCGGCGUGGCCCUCGUCGCGCGGCCUGCCGGCGUUCCCCCUGGACGGGGCCGGCAGGGCCGCCGGGCGGGUGAGGGCCAGGCGGGGGGACGCCGCGGGGAAGGGUGGAUGCGGCGCGAGGGGCGUGGUGGCGACGGCGCCCCCCCGGCUGACGGCGCGCGUGGCCCCCACGCACGUGGCCCUGCUGGGCCUCCUGUGGCUGGGCGGUUUCCCCUCGCUGCUGUGCCUGCCCGCCGUGCUGGCCGCGGGGAUGGGCCGACGAGCAGAUUGGCGCUGGAAACAAGGUGACGCAAACACCCACGCAGAUGCGACACCGUAAUGGGCAUACACCACAGGCGGACACUCAACCAUAGCCACACGUACACACAACAACAACCAUUCGCCACUAAGUGGCGGUGACGUCACCACGACGCUUGUGCCAGGCCAUGUGCACCUUGAGGCCACGUGAAGUGUCGAACGCCCGCUGGCAGGAGGUCACGGGGCAGACCCAGCAGGUGCCACGGGUCGACUGACCGAGAUGACCGAGAUGACUGGCUGAUGCACCACCUGUGCCACCUACUGUGCCAACUUGCUGUGCUUUAGCCAC